AUGUUGUUCAUUCUGUUAUCGCUAGUGAAAGAGUUCGCGACACCGCUGUUCCUGCUGGUGGUUGGCCCCUUGCAGGCUCCCGAUGUUUGCACCCACGGCGUGUUCUUGCGGCCGACGGUCGGCAUCGGCAUCUUCGUCAUGCUCGUCUUCAUCCUGCGCUGCUGCUCCCGCGAACAGGACAACAGCAUUAACAGCCUCUUCAGGUGCUACCUCGUCGGCGUCUCCGUCGCCGUCAUCGCCCUCCUCGGCUUCGUCGUCUUCGGCUUCGUCGCCGUCGGCGGGGUCGACCUCGGCCAACUGACGGCCCACACGUACAAGCUUGAGGACUACGGCGGCUGGCUCAAGGGCCGCGUGGCUGACCCGCAGUACUGGGCAGCAACCGCCGCCUGCCUCCGUGACGAGGAGUACGUCUGCCGCGGCGAUGGCGCCGGCGUCACGCGGCGGCGGCAGGAGGACCCCAAGACCGGCGUCGUCUCCGACGUCGUCCGCGAGCUAUACUCCUAUGAACACCGGAUCGAUGCUAUGACUAGCCUGCACAAAAUGCCGCCCAUCGAGGCUGGAUGCUGCACGCCACCACGAUCAUGUGCAAUGAUCAGGGAUGAUACGAAUGGGACGACGACGACGCUGACACGAAACGCUGACUGCGGCAGGUGGAGCAACGACGAGGAGACGCUGUGCUUCCAGUGCGACUCAUGCAAGGCAGUCUUCCUCGACAACACCAAGAAGGCCUGGACUGCCUUUGUUUGGGCUCCCACUCUCGCUUUGAUCGCUCUCGUUUGUAGAUGCCAGAGGGAGCUAUUUGCUUGA